GAGCCAAGCAGCUGGCAACGACGGACAGGCUGUCCUAGAGGGUGAGCCUGAGCACGUGAGCGUGCACACUGAAGCGUCAAGCUUCACACCCCAGCAGGCCUCUGAGCAUGCGGUUCCGGGCGCAGGACCCGAUUCCUGAAGAUGUCCAUAUCAUUCAGCCGCAACUCGCGGCUAACUUCAUGAACUUUCUCCAGCAAAUGGCUGGAGCAUACGUGCCACCACCGCCACCACCGCCGCCACCAGCGGCGGUGGUCACCAUCGAGAAACUCCGGAAGAAUGGAGCUGAGGAAUUCUUGGACGAUCAGAUUGCCGACCCCAUGAUUGCUAAGCAGUGGUUUGAGCGAACCAUCCGAGAUUCCGCCUACGAGUGGUGGAAACGCGUAGAAGCGGACGUUCCGGAGCCCGUUCAGUGGGCCACUUUUGAUCGACUCUUCCAUGAGGAGUACGUCCCAGAGCACUUCGUCGAGGCGAAGCGAGAGGAGUUCUUGAAGUUCACCCAGGGGGAACUCACGCUGCCUGAGUAUCGUCAGAAGUUUGACGAGCUCGCGGGGUUUGGGCAAGACCUCGUACCGACUGUGGAGAAGCGGUGCAAACGCUUCGUGGAGGGCUUACGUCUUGACCUUUCAACUCAUCUGAUAAUUUCCCCACGAAGUGACAGCAACGCGUUGUACAAGAAUGUGUUGGACCUGAAUGCGGCCCUCAUUAAGAAGGCUGAAUUCGAGCAGGCGCAGGGGGCGUCAGCAACACCAUCUCGUCCUCCUCCACCCCAGAAGGCGGGGACCAGCAGCAAGAGGCACCCAGGGGAGUGUUCGUACACUUUGGGCUUGUGCCUUGGGUGUGGCCAAGCCGAGUAUUUCCGAAAGGAUUGUCCGAAGAAUCCGGGUGAGGCAUUCUCGACCGCACCAGCCGCUUCAGCCCCAGCAGCACAGCCCGCCCAGAGCCAGAAGUCGGCGGCAGCAUCCAGUCAGCCCAAGCGGCAAGCAUCAAGCGCUCAAGGGGGGAAGGCCCGAGCCCGCACUUACGCAAUGCGAGGGCGCAUGGAUUGGCUCACCGCCAACCAAGCCGUUGUUGACUGUGGAGCUCAUACUGUUCGACUGAGAGUCGAAGACAGUAGUGACGUACUGAUCCAUGCUGAGCUUCUUCCGAAAGCUCCAAUAUUCAUUUCCUACAUUCAUGCUCGUCGACUCAUUCGCAAGAAGUGUGAAGCAUUCUUGUGCACAGUGCGUGACACUUGUCAGGAGGCGCCUAGUAGGGGGGACAUCCCUACGCCUACAUUACAGCAGCAGAUAGCCUCAGCCCAGAGCAGCGAAGAUUUCUGUAUCGAGACCGUUGAGCUCGUCUCUCGAGGAGAGAAGCUGGAUUUUGCAGUUCGGGAUGGUAUCUUGUACUAUCGGGAGCGUAUGCUUGUCCCAGCGGGGGAGGUGUCCAUGCUUCGGAGGUACCGGUCGGACCCAUCUCAUGUGAUUCCAGCUGAUACAGUCACACUUGAUGAGAAUCUUACGUAUGAGGAGGAGCCGAUUGAGAUUCUGGCUCGCGAAGUCCGUCAAUUGAGAAACAAAACCAUUCCGCUAGUCAAGGUCUUGUGGAGAAGUCACACUGUUGAGGAGGCGACAUGGGAAACUGAGGAAUCCAUGCAAGCUCGUUAUCACAUCUUUUCAGUGAUCAGUGAUCAGAUUCACUCCUCAGCUUAUGUUGAGCGUGUAGUUGUCUUUGCUACACGCAGGUAGACAUGACGGUGCGGGUGCCAACCCUGGAGAGCAGUGACGAUGGAGAGAUGGGCGGCGCGCGGACAAGCUUUUAUUUAUUUCCAUAAACUUAAUUAAUUAAU